GGAAGCCGAGGGGCAGUUCCGCCCCUCGCGCCGGGCGGGGGGGACGCAGGUCGGGAGCGGCCCACAAACUGCUGCGGCUCUCGGUGCCCUCCUUGCUGACGCCAUGCUCCAGUUCCUGCUUGGAUUUACUUUGGGCAACGUGGUCGGAAUGUUUCUGGCGCAGAAUUAUGAUAUGCCAAACCUGGCUAAAAAACUUGAAGACAUCAAAAGGGACUUGGAAGACAAGAAGAAGCCCCCUCGGUCAUGAGGUCCGUCCCUGCACUGUCCUCUGGACCCGCUGACCCGGCCGCUCUGGAGGGCCCCCCUUACGAUCUGAACCAAAAGCUUGUGUGUCAACCUCCAGUUUUCGUAUUUUCUUCUUUGCUAGACCUCGUGCUGCCUUCGAGCGCAGCGGGGCCAUGCGGGUCCCCAGCCACCCCGACCUCGCCAGUGUCUUCAUGUCUUCCUGUCCUCCUCCCAGGCCCUCGGGAGUCUCGGACUGGAGUUCUGGUGCUCGAUUAGCGAAUGUGACCGUUACCAGUGGUUGCUCCCUAGUUCUUGGGAUUCUACUACCUUUCUUUUUUCAGAAGAAAAAUAUCGAUGAGCUUUCUGUUGCUGAUGAUCAGAUAGAAGUAAUGCGGAUUUUAGAGCUUGGCCACUGUAAUGGGUGUUGAACCAGUCAGUACUAAAUGAUGUCAUUUCGAAGUAAUUAAAAUUGAUAUCUGGAAGCCA